AUGUACUUUUUCCUGGGUAAACUCUCCUUCCUCGUGAUCUGCUACACAACCAACAUAUUCCCCUGUAUGUUAGCCAGCUUCCCUGCUGAGGCAAAAUCAAUCUCUUUCAAUGGCUGUAUGGCCCAGUUUUGUCUGUUCGGUUCCUUGGGUGGUACCGAAUGUCUCCUCCUGUCCAUGAUGUUGUACGACCGGUAUCUAGCCAUAUGCAAUCCGCUCCGCUAUGCAGCUGUUAUGAGCAGGGGCAUGUGCCUUUGCCUGGCAGCUGCCUCCUGGAUCAGUGGCUUUGUGAUUGCCUUAGUGACUAUUCUGUUCAUGUCGAGCUUAACAUUCUGUGGCCCCAAUGAAAUAGAUCAUUUUUUCUGUGAUUUCACCUCGCUCCUGAAGCUGGUCUGCUCAGAUACUUACCUCUUCGAAAAGGUCUCCUUCUUCUUGUCUUCCACUCUGACACUGGUCCCCUUUUUGUUAACCAUGGUGUCCUAUAUUUAUAUCCUAUCUGCCAUUCUCAACUGCCCGUCCACCGCCAGGUCACAAAAGGCCAUUUCCACUUGCUCAUCUCACCUUAUAGUAGUCACCACGUUCUACGGGACUCUGAUUGCUAUGUACAUGGUACCAGCUGCUGACCACUCCCUAAAUCUGAAUAAAGUCUUCUCCAUCUUCUAUACCAUGGUUACCCCCCCACACACCCAUGGCGAAUCCCUUCAUAUAUAG